CCAUAAAAUAAUUAACUAGAAGGACAGCCACCACCAAAUCACCACAACAGCCACUGAUGACUGAACUGACUGAAGCUGGUUUUCUCUCUCUCUCUAUAUAUAUCUCUGUGAUAAAAGCACAUGUUUUGGUUGUGUUGUGUUCAAAUCUGUGGUCCAAAUUUUCUAACCCAACAAUAUUAUUUUUUUAGCACCUUUUUAGAAAUCUUAUAGAAGGUUCAUGAAAAAUACGUUAUUUUAAUGGUUUUAAUUGAUAAAUUAACUGAAAUGGAUUCAUGGGACGAGGAUUCAGAUGAAAAUGAUUUAUCUAUUGAAGAACCGGAUACUACUGGUAAAAGUAUCGUGAAAUUAUCAACACCUAAGCAAAGUAAAAGGAAAAAUAGUGACUCAAAUAAUACAAAGCUUAAGAAAGUCAAGUAUGAAAGCAUAUCCCAAGAUAUUCCAAAAAAGAACAAGAACAAAGAUGAUAUGUACAAACCUCCUACAGUUGAAGAGCUUAAUAAUUUAAAAGAAACUGAAAACUUGUACAAUAACAAUUUAUUUAGGCUUCAGAUUGCAGAACUAGUAAAGGAAAUAUCAAUAAAGAGUAAGAGAAGAAAAUCUCUAAAUUCUUGGUUAAGAACAGUGAAUGAGGAACUAGAAAACUUGCCAGAAUUUAAAGAAUUAUCACUGUCUGAUAUCAAACCUUCAAAGAAGAAAUCAAGUAAAAGAGAUAUUUUUAUAAACAAUAUAGCUUCCAAAUAUAGCUGUAAUAUAAAAACAGAUCAAAAUUUAGUACUAAAGUUCAGUAAGCCUACUAAUAUCCAGAGUUUUGGUUUAAAAGAGUGCAAUUCUUAUCCAGGCCCUAAUAUAGAAGCUUCCAUUAAUAUUAAGAUGCCCAAGUUGUAUCUCAAUGUGAAAGAUUUUCUAAAUAACAGAUAUCUUGUAAAAAGGUUUUACUAUUUGAUUUAUUUAGCUGAGCAUAUUACAGGAGUUAGAAAACAGUUAUGUUAUCAUGAAAAUAAUAUCUUGUUACCUGUAUUAGAAAUGCAGCCUACAAAAGAUGAAAAAUUGAAAGUCAAAAUUUAUGUUACACCUCCCGAAGGAUAUUUCAAGCCAUCUAGAUUUUUACCAAAUAUGAACAAUGUAAGAAUCAAUUUAUUUGAUAAGAGCAGAAUAGAAGAUAUUACGGUGCUAAAAAAUACACCAACAAUUUUGUAUAAUAGUGCUAUAGCACAUGACGUAACUUUAUCAACAUACAGUGAAUUUGUUAAAACAGUGUUACAUGAACAUUAUAAUGUACAAGAAGGUAUAAAACUUUUGUGUGUAUGGUUGAAACAGAGGGAACUAAAUAUUGGUUAUGGAGCCUUUACAGAAAAUUUAGUGUUGUAUAUAAUCAUUUAUUUGCUUGUAAAGAAGAAACUUAACAAACUGAUGAGUUCAUAUCAAGUCGUAAGGAAUUUUUGGAGUUUUGUAUCCUCAACAGAUCUAUCAAAAAAUCCUCUAAGUCUUGGAAAUUGUGAUAAACAAACUCUUGAACUGUUUAAACAAAGUUUUAGUAUUGUUUUCCUAGACUGUACAGGUUCUUUCAAUGCUGCUGCAUUUUUAAAUGAAGAUAUCAUGAAAAAAGUAUCUGCUGAAUGUGAGAUGGCAUUAAAACAUCUUGACAAUCCUAGAACUGACUCCUUCCAUUCCUUAUUUUUAACAAAAUUGUCUUUUAAUUUACAAUACGAUGUGAUAAUUAAUAUAACUGAAUCGCUGCCGUUAAAAGAGUGUUUAAUAAUUGAUGAUUCAGACAGAGCAAAAUAUGUCGGCUAUGGAACUCUACAGAAUAUAGGUUCAUUAAUAAAAGUAAUUAAAAGAGGUUUGAAUAAAAGGAUUUUACACAUUGUGCCUAGAAUUGAGGUUCAACUUUCUGAAGAAAAUACAUAUCCUAUUAAAAAAGUUUUGUUGGGUAUAAAUUUAAACUCAGAAACAGCAUUUAAUUUUAUAGAAAAAGGUCCUUCUUUGAGUGACCACUCUGAAGCAGAAAAAUUUAGACAGUUUUGGGGAUAUCUGUUCAGUGAUAGAAGAUUUCGGGAUGGAAGUGCUCAUGUAGCUGUAUAUUUUAAAACCAACACAAUUAGAGCCAAAAGGAACAUAAUAAAACAAAUUCUACAAUUUCUUCUUACGGAAAAGUUACAGCUGAAAUUUAGAUUGUAUUAUAAUGAGCUAGAAGAUUUUUUAAUAAAUAAAAAAAUUAAAGCACCAUAUCCUGUUGGCACUAAUGAAGAAGGAUGCUUAAAAGUGAUUAAUUUAUCUGAUGAAUUGGGACAAAAAAUCAGAGGUCUUCAAAUGUCUUUGAGUAUUACUGGUAUAUUAGGUCUUUCAGAUACUUUUUGCUAUUGUAAUGUAUAUCCACCAAUUGCUAGAGAUAAUGACUAUAAAUCUAAAAAUUGUAAAGUGCAAGAGAAUAGUAUCAUCUUUAACACAGAAAAUGUUGAUGAAAUACCACAGUAUGUUCAAGCCAAUCAAUUGGUUCUUUACUUAGAACAUAGUUCAAAAUGGCCUAACAAUCUUGAGGGAGUAAGGCAUAUAAAAACCACAUUCUUACUUGAGAUAUCGAAAAAGCUCAGUGAAAUCUAUAAUAUAAAAUCAAGGGUGACUAAAAAUCACUUAGAUGUAUUUUAUGAAGGUCUCAUAUUCAGGUAUAUUUUGUAUGUUCCCAAAGAAGUAGCGCUAAUGAAAAAAGCUACAUCUGAUUCUGGAGUUGUUAAAUAUGUUGAAUCGCAAAACACACUAAAUAUUGAAAGAGAUUUAAACAUUUUACCUAAGAUUAUAGGUGCUCUAAAAGGUUUGCAGCUUCAAUUUCCAAGUUUCGGAUCUGGUACAGCCCUAAUAAAGAAAUGGCUCAGGUGUCAACUAAUAGACGAGUUCCACAUAUCAGAUAUAACUAUAAAUUUAUUAAAUGCAUCAUUGUUCUUGCAUAACUCAACAUAUAGUGAAUCUUGUACACCUCAAAUUUCCUUUUUGAGGUUCUUGAAGUUUAUAUCUGAAUUCCAGUGGGAGUUGCAGCCCUUAGUUGUAAAUUUUAACGACGAAUUAUCAAAGGAAGAUUUGGCAGAUUUGGAGUCAAAAUUUCAACAGCACAGUGAUACAAUUCAACCUUUGUAUAUUAUAACACCAUAUGAUCAAGGAGCAUCACUCUUUACCAAGGAAUCACCUACAAGAGAGAUUUUAAUAAGAAUUAGACAAUUGGCAAAUAUUACACUGAAUCUGAUGAGUGAAAGUGUAAUUGAACAAAAGUUUUUUGAUCUGACGGGAUUUUUUUCACCUAAUAUGGAUGGAUAUAACCUAAUAAUUCAUUUAAAUCCCCAAUUUAAUUCGAGAAGGCAUGAAAAUACUAGUGAUUUGAAUGAACAACAAGUUAUAUUGGAGAAAUAUGUCAAAAGAGAUAUUGAAAACAUUCCUUUUGUUGAAUUUAGUCCUGUUGAUGAAUACUUGAAGGAACUAAGGAAUAAUUAUAGAGGUAUAGCCACAUUUUUUCAUAACAUUUACGGUGGGAAUUGCAUAGGGGUACUGUGGAAUCCACCAGCAUUAGAAACAAAAGAAUUUAAGGUCAAUUAUGUCAAUGGAAGGAAACUUGUAGAUGACAAGUUGGUUUUAAACAUUGAAGCAAUCACUGAAGAUUUAUACAUAUUAGGAAAAGACCUUGUCAAGUGGAUUGAAAGAACUAAAUAGGGUGUAUAUAUUAUUCUGUACAUACCAGUAUAAUUUUAAUAAUAAAAACAAUAAAAGUCCC